UAUUUAUUAAAGUGCCGUGGCUUCGACGUGUCAGUUUGUUGUAAAUAAUUCGCGGCGUAAGUCACAAAUUGCAAAAGUGCCAUACGCGCAACGAAUCAGACGUAAUAAAGGCAAUAGACAAUAAACGUUAUUAUCAAUAACAACAACAUCAGCAUGGCGGAAAAAGUAAAUGUUUGCAUUGUUGGCUCAGGCAAUUGGGGUUCGGCCAUUGCAAAAAUUGUAGGCGCCAAUGCGUCAGCGCUGCCCGAGUUUGAGGAGCGCGUUACGAUGUUUGUCUAUGAGGAGAUGAUUGAUGGCAAGAAGUUAACGGAAAUUAUCAAUGAGACGCACGAGAAUGUUAAAUACCUGAAGGGACACAAGCUGCCACCAAAUGUCGUUGCUGUACCUGAUCUCGUUGAGGCUGCCAAGAAUGCUGAUAUACUCAUUUUCGUGGUACCCCAUCAGUUUAUACCAAAUUUCUGCAAGCAAUUGCUGGGCAAGAUUAAGCCAAACGCCAUUGCCAUUUCACUAAUCAAGGGAUUCGAUAAAGCCGAAGGUGGCGGCAUUGAUCUAAUUUCGCACAUUAUUACCCGCCAUCUGAAGAUACCAUGCGCUGUGCUCAUGGGUGCUAAUCUGGCCAAUGAGGUGGCCGAAGGCAACUUUUGCGAGACGACAAUCGGCUGCGUGGACAAAAAGUACGGCAAGGUGCUGCGUGAUCUCUUCCAGGCGAAUCAUUUCCGUGUCGUGGUCGUUGAGGAUGCCGAUGCCGUUGAGGUUUGCGGUGCCCUGAAAAACAUUGUCGCCUGUGGAGCGGGCUUCGUUGAUGGCCUGAAGCUGGGCGACAACACCAAGGCAGCGGUCAUUCGUCUAGGCCUUAUGGAAAUGAUCCGUUUCGUUGAUGUCUUCUACCCAGGCAGCAAAUUGUCCACCUUCUUUGAGAGCUGUGGUGUUGCGGAUCUCAUCACGACGUGCUAUGGCGGACGCAAUCGUCGCGUCUCGGAAGCUUUUGUCACCUCUGGCAAAACAAUUGAGGAACUGGAAAAGGAAAUGCUCAAUGGCCAGAAAUUGCAGGGCCCGCCCACUGCCGAGGAGGUUAACUACAUGUUGAAGAAUAAAGGACUGGAGGAUAAAUUCCCUCUGUUCACUGCCAUACACAAAAUUUGCACGAAUCAGCUUAAGCCUAAAGAUUUGAUCGAUUGCAUACGCAAUCAUCCAGAGCAUAUGCAAACAUUGUAAAAUUGUUAAACAAUUUUUUAAUCGUUUUUAUGCACCAAACAAGAGUAUAUAGGUAUUUUUCAGCACUCAAGACGCCAGUUAAUUGGUAAUACUAUCCAACCAACGACAAGAAUGUGUACAGGUUGUUAACUUAGCUUAAAUAAAAUCCAACGCAUAUCCAGCGAACCACAGAAACCGAAACGAACAAAACAAUAUUGAAGUCUGCUUUUUAUUUUAAACUUAGUUUUAAACAUUUUAGCAAGAAAUGUGCGCAUGUACCUAAAAAAAAUUGUAAUUGUUAUUAAUGGCUUUUACAAUUAUCUAACAAAUACAAUGAGCAAAUGCGAUUAAAAAUGGAAGAGAAAUGGUUUAAUUUUAAAUUUAAAGAAAGAACAUGGAAUUUAACCUUGAUGCACUAUAAUUUGAAAGGCGUAGUCAUUAUAAAUUAAAUGUAAUAUUAAAAAUGUGUUAAAUAAAUAAAAGAUACAAA